UGCAACUCAAAGCUGUGGGUUUAACAUGACUUUGUUAAAAUCAGGCAGAUGCAGGCUGUAGAAUUUAGGGAAAAAGUGAAUAAUGAGUAAGCACAGGUGGACCUGUCUGGUGGGAACUUGUAGUGGUGGUUUGAGGCAUUUUCACGAAGGACUGAAAAGAAAAAGAUAACAAGCUCAGAACAAAAGCCGGUGAUUUCCUACAGGAUGAUUGUGGCACAAAAAAAUCCGCUACAGUAAAUGCACUUUACUUCUUCCGAGUACUUUCACAGUGACAUCACAUUACACGCAGCACACCCAGAAGAGCUGCAUUCCACAGCUGCACUCCUCUUUCUCCUCCUCCUCCUCCUCCUCAGCUGAGUCCGUAGGUGUGUUUGAGUCACAGCCGUUCAGCUGCUCAGCAGGCCGACCACGAAACAGACUGACAGCCGCGGGACCUUCAGUGAAACAGAGAGAAACUGAAAUAGAAGGUAAAAGUUGGUGUUGCGUGUGAACAAUGGAGCUGAAGGUGUGGGUGGAGGGUGUGGUCAGAGUUGUUAGUGGCCUAUCACUAAACACUUCCUGUCAGGAUGUCGUCAUAGCUCUCGCACAAGCAAUCGGUCAGACAGGUCGUUACAUUCUCAUUUUGAAGUUACGAGGGAAUGAGAGACACUUGGUUGCUGAUGAUUGUCCACUGCAGCACCUGGCUCAGCUGGGACAGUUGGCCACAGAGGUCCAGUUCGUUCUGCGGAGGACCGGCCCGAGCCUCAGCGAGGGUCCAGACACCUCCGCCAACGAGAGACGUCUUCCACUUUCCAGACCCUCAGAACCAGAGCCCCUCAAACGCAGAGAGCCACAAAAGGCUCUGACAUUUAGUCUGGGUCCCUCAACACUUCCCAAAAGGAAUAAACCAAAGAAGGACUGGUCUCGAUCUCCCAGAUCCUCACCAGAACUGAGGGCCUCACCGGUAUCUUUCCUAGACCCUGUGAACUCCAUGAAGACAAAUCCUUCUUACCCCAAAGACGAGGUGUUUAGGGAUAUUCUGCAGCAACAGAGAAGACUACAGGAUCUGGAGAUUCAGCUUCAAGAUCUGGAAAGAGAGACUGAGUUAUGGGAGCAGAAGUGGUCAUCUCCUGAAGUAACUCUGGCUUUUGCUGAAGAACUGGAGGAACUGCAGUGGAGAGUGAGACAGAAUGAGGUAGAGCUGAUGCAGACGGAAGACUGGGAGAAAGCAUUACAGGCAGAGAUGGAAAGAGAACAAGGUAUGCACAGGCGCCUGGAUCAGAUUCAUUCAUCCAUAAACGAUCAAAGUUACGAAAUCACUACACUCCAAACCCGUUCUGCACAUCUAGAAGAGGACCUGCAAGUCAGAGUCCAAACGCAGAGUUCUCUGACAGCACAGCAAGAUGAGUCCCUGAAGUCCCUGAAGCAGGAGCUCCACAACCGCCUGCAGCUAGGAGAAGAACUCGAUGUAAGACUGGCUGAGUUACAGCAGGAGAUGGAAACGGCUCAGGAAAGGGUAAAGGACAGACUGGAGAUUAUUGAGGAGCUGAACAAAGAGCUGAGGCAAUGUAACUUGCAGCAGUUCAUCCAGCAGACCGGUGUGACCUCACAGACGGAGCAGACAAACCUACCAGUCAACGAUGUUUACCUUAAUAACGCUGGCAUUAGGGAGUAGAAACAGAGGGGGAGCUGUUCGCUCCAGCGACUGCAACAAAAUGAAGAAGAAGACGAGACAUUACAUCUUUUGUCUACAAUACCAUUUUAUGUUUGUGCCAUAUUUAAUGUAAAUUUAUUGCCACGAUGUUGGAUUUUAUUAGGACUUUUAUAUGUUAUUUAUUUCCUGUUUUAUUUUAAAAGUAUUUCCUUCCACACCUGGUACCUCAUCUCACUCCUUUCGAUCUGCAGCUCGUUCCCACCCUGAGUGUAUUUUCAGUCAGUCUGUCACACAUCAUCACAUUUCUCCCUUUGACUGUGUUCAUCACAUCUCUCCAGCCAGGCCUUUGUUCCUGUCUUUGAGAUUUGACUUUUAUUAAAGCUCAUUCUAAUCAAAAAUGUAACACUUAAGCUGUCACAUGACUGCUGGAGUCAAAUGUACCACAUUUCCUCUAAAAUGUGGUAGAAAAACACCUUAUAUAUCCACCAAUAUAGCUGAUAUCUGACCCUGGUAUUUCACUUUCGUCUGCAGGACAUAGACUGUAAGAAAUACAUGACCUCAAAAAUGUCACUCGUAUGCCUCUGUAUGUGUAACUGCCAAUAUUUACACUCGUGGCUCCACAGUGUAAAUAUGUGGAGGAGACACAAAUCCCUCGGGCGUCCUGUCAGAAAGGCAUAAAAGUCUGCCAAGUCAAAUAUGUGGCGUGAUUACUUGUGUAUAAGGAAGGAGACACAAGUAGCUUUCUUUCUGACUGCCAGUGUCUGAAAUAAAGCUGAUGCCACUGACUAUAA